AGAGCACAGCUGUUCUGGGCCGUUCUGGCUUUUUGGACUCUGGUAUCGCGUUAGUUUUGUUUCAUACAUCAGCCUGACAGCUAGCUGUGUCUCUUUGGGCUCUUUAGCUGCAUCUUUCCGCAGCUCGCGUUGCUCCUUUUCGGCGGCUGUCUCCUGCGGUGUGUGCGUCUUCACGGGAGGAUGGUUUUGUCAACAUCACAACAAGUCGCCCUGGCUUUCACGGCGGUGCUUUUCACAUUUGUCGUCCUGCCGAGGUUGUUCGGCGUCGGUGGCGGGGCUGGGGCGAAGGAGACGAGGUUUGACCCUCGCUACAGCAGAAAAGCAGGUCCGGGCCCGGGCGCAGUGAGAGGCCAGCCCAUCAACGUGAACGCCCCUGGCUCACCUCAGUCCGCAGAGAACAUGCAGCAGAUGAAGAAGCUGAUGGAGCAAGAGCUGAAGGGUGACAAGUUCAAAUCCAACAGCAACAAGGGCUACGUGUUCACCCUCAUGCCCCUCUACGCCAUCGGGGUGGGAGUGUUUGCAGCCUACAAGUUUCUGAAGAUCAAGUCUGCAGACGACCAGGCACAAAAGGACAAAUUUACAAAAGGAGCCAAGAAGUCAGUGGAAGCAGAGAAUCAAUUGAAUGAACUUGAACAAAGGUUAGCACAAACAGAAAGGAUGCUUAAUUCCAUCCUCACCCAGCUGGACCCGCUUACUAACUGCGUAAAGUCGGUGGCGCAAGACCAGAAGAACGAGAUCAUGAGCCAACUCCAGACCAUCCGAUACCUGAUGAAGAAGAGAGGAAUGGACUGUCCGCCACUGAACAUCAAUGAGUCAUCCUGUGAGCGUAACCUUGAUGAGCUCAUUGAGUCACUCGGGGCCAACGACACCUCGACAGCAGCUGCUUCUCUGGUGGACACGCGGCCCUCUGCUGGGACAGUUGCAGCUUCUGGAAAAGUCUAUCAAAAACCUUUAAAAGCUAAAGAUGAAGCCCUAACAGAAGGUGAAGACAUGAGGGAGCUAAUACCGGAGGAGUCUGACGGGGAAGCAGAGGAGGAGGAGGAGGAGGAAGAAGAAGAAGUAGGGGAUGAGGAGGAAAUGAUGGAGGUUGACAGAGGAGACGAUAAGGAAGGAUUGGAGGAUUGUGAGCUCAUGCCUUCACUAGAGGAGUCUCCCGAGACAAACAUUGAGGAAGUCAGAGCGGAGCAGCCUGCGUCCGGCCUCAGGCGACGCAACAGGCCUGAAUGAAACUCACUGCACUGUACAGAAAUUAUUGCUAAUAUUUAUUAUCCGAAAGGCUUUCAUUCCAAAAAUACUAUGUUAAUCUAUCUCUAUAUUCAUCACACAAACACAUUCAUCCAAAACAAUAACCUCCAUAAAGGUAAGCUGUCUAAAAGUAAACACAUGGGGCUCUAUUUUCCUGUUGCCAGCACAAAACACCUGCUGUAGGUCACAUGAUCAGGGUCAACAAGGACAAAUCAGAGCGCGCCUGCUCUUUUUGUCGAUACGCUGUAGGUGCAGUG